AUGGGCGCGCGGCCACCUCGGCGAGCCCCAAUGACGACGCCGGCUCCCGCCCCGGGCCUCGCCCCCUCCCGCCCCCAUCCCACCCCCCCUCGCGAUGACGCACUCACCGCAGCGUUCUGGAACUUUCAUUCUCGCCCCCGCGCUCCGAACGGCCCCGGGGAAAGGGAGGGUGGAGCCGAGAGAGCCCGCGCGCGGGAGUCCUCAGUCACCUCAGGCGGAGGGGGGGGCGCGAGGGGGGGCGAGGGGGAGGGGCGGAGGCCGCGUCCGCUUCUGCGCAGGCGCCGUCGCAAGCGCGCGCGGGAGGGGCCGGAAGGAGGAGGAGGGAGAGGGGCGGGCAGCGUUAGAGCCAGCCAAUGGCAACGGCCCUGGCCGCCAGCGGGCUCGGCCGCGGACCCGGGGGGAGGGCGGACCCGGCGGCCCGGGAGGGAAGGCGGAAGUGGAACGAGGACAAAAUGGCCGCGAAGGUUGUGCGCCCCUCCCCCCCUCGGCGUCGCCCGGGGUCCCCGAGGCCCUCGCGGGGCCCACGUUCCCGCGUCGCCUGCCUGGUGCUUUGGGCCGGGUGUGCGCGCUGGGGCUGGGGGGGCGGGAGCGGGGGCGGGGACCGGCCCCGGGGCGCUGCCAGGGUGCCCUGCCCGGGGGUGCGCCGGGCGGGUGAGCCAGGCCGGCGCCCGGAGUCCUCAGGCUGCGGGGCCCGGGCCUGCGCCCUGCCCCUCCCCCCGCCGAGGCCCCGGGUCGCUGCCCGCCGCCCCGACCCCGGCCCCCACCCCUACUCCUCAGGUGUCUGUGGGAGGAAAGAAAGGCCCGCGCGCGGCUUGCUCCCGCGGAGGAGAACCAGGCCUGAGCGGCCUGGGCGCCGGCGGCCCCGUGCCCUUCACCUGGGGCGUCCCAGGCUCCCUUAUUUUCAGUGACCAGAAACACAUGUAACUCCCAACUCGGAGGAGGAAGAUGUGUGCCGUGGGAGGCUCCUUUCCAAUUUAUUUGGUAUCUACCAUCUUCCUUUUCCCGCUCAGCCUAUCAAAAACCUACAUUUUGCAGCUUGUGACCUCUGGACUGCCUAACCACGUUUUAACUAUUGAGCCACCCGACCAUGGAACAAGGUCCCAAAUCCAGUGCCUUGGAGUAUCCCACCUAAAGUCACUGAUGAAAAAAAGUAGAUAACCUGUGUGUGCGGUCACUCACAGCGCGUUGUAGAACUUGAACUGUGCGCUCAUUAAAUAGAAUGAUUCAGAGUGUAUGUAUAUAAAGCUUAUGACCAAUGUCCGGUAUCCGCCUGUUUACAAGCUUUCAGACACAUUCAGGAUCGAAAGAUUAAAGUUUGGGGGCAUAGGGACUGCAGUGAAGUCUGAGGCAUGGGGUUUCUGGCUGGGGAGUGGGGUCGUGAACAUACUGUUGUCCCUGUCACAUAUCCAAGCACUAAGGGUUCCAAGGGCUUUGGAUGUAUUACCUCAUUUAAUUUUGUGAAGUUUUUUUUUUUUUCAGAUUCAUUUGAACCUCUCGGUGCUUACUUCUUUUGAGAUUUGUUUGAAUCCCUUAGUGUGUAGUUUUGUCGGCACCUCACCUUGGCAUAAAAUAUUUGCAUUGUGAAUGUUAGUUAUUUUGAUAAGGUCCUUAAAAGCAGCAUCUCUGUCAUAACUUGGUAUUCUCCCGUACCACUAAGCAUCUCGCUUUGUUAGGAAACAGUACUUUGGUGUAUUUGUGACUGAAAUCAAUAAAUAAUAGAUGAUAUUCAGACUGAGUUCUGUUCUUCUUUUGGCAGCAAGCUAAUGAACACAUUUCCAGUGCAGGUUAUAUGACCUUCAGCUUCUCCUACAGUAUAUCACCUUUACUUAUUUAUUUUUUAAUUGCUGAUACAGAUACAUCUGUAAUAAAUAUUUGGUUUCUGUGAUCAAAUACAGUCUCAAUUACAAGGCAACUUAGAAGUUAAAAUAUAAACAGCUUAACACCAGAAAUUAAGCAAAACUGUGUGUUUUUGCAAAAGCAAUUCUGAAAUUAUUUUUAUACAGUGUAACAACAAGGGCAUCCACUUCAUUGUUUCACAAAUUUAAGUUUGGUUUAUAUAUUUUACUGAAAUGGUUAUUCUCCAAACAUUCACAUCCUUCCGUUGGGAUCUUCACACUAAAAAUGUUUUUCUUUCUACUUUUUAGUUAUCUGUUUUGUUUCAUAUUAACGGAUCAGGUUUAUUUGACUUAAAGUUAAUGGAAUAUGGUUUGAAACCAGUAGUGUCUCAAAACUUUAUCUUAAGCCCAGAGCUUGCUGUAUCUGAACCCAAAAACCUGACUCCAAGAAAAGUGCACUAUCAUUGCUUAAACUUGAGCACCUUAUCUCUCAGAAGUUUCAAUUCCUUAGAAUUUCUCAGAUUUUAGGUAGUUAUCGGUCUUGUGAAUUUUUUUGUAGAUUUCCAGUGUGAACAGAUUUCCAAAAUCUGGCUAUUCAACGGGUAUUUUAGUCUUUUAGUAACUAACAUGUUUAAAUAACCUCAAUCUCCAUAUCAUGCAAAGGGGACGGAUUCCUGCCUUCAAAGACAUAUGCAGGAAACCUUAGGUUCAAAGGUAGUAAGUAACGAUUAGAGCAAAUUGCUUGUGAUGAUAGAGCU